AUGCUGAAGGCGGUGAUUUUAAUCGGAGGACCACAGAAAGGCACCCGGUUCCGUCCGCUGUCGUUCGAGGUCCCCAAGCCCCUGUUCCCCGUGGCAGGAGUCCCCAUGCUGCAGCACCACAUAGAGGCCUGCGCCAAGGUUCCUGGCAUGAAGGAGAUCCUCCUGCUGGGCUUCUACCAGCCCAACGAGGAACUCAACCGCUUCCUCAUGGACGCCCAGCAGGAGUUUAAAGUCUCCAUCAGGUAUCUGCAGGAGUUUGCGGCUCUGGGCACGGCGGGGGGCAUCUACCACUUCCGGGACCAGAUCCUGUCGGGCGGCCCCUCCGCUUUCUUCCUCAUGAACGCGGACGUUUGCUCCGCCUUCCCCCUGCUGGAGAUGCUGCGCUUCCAUGGCAACAGCGGCGAUGCCCACUGCGGAGUCCUCCUGGGUACCACGGCCAACAGGACGCAGUCUCUGAACUACGGCUGCAUUGUGGAGAACCAGGAGACCAAUGAGGUGCUGCACUUCGUGGAGAAGCCCAGUACGUUCGUCAGUGACGUCAUCAACUGUGGAAUCUACCUGUUCACACCAGAGAUCUUCACACACAUCGCAGCCGUCUUCCAACACAACCAGAACGACAGACUCCAAGAGCACUCUCCCCCUGGUCGCCAGAGACCAGAGGUGAUCCACCUGGAGCAGGAUGUCUUCAGCCAGCUGGCCGGCCAGCAGAGACUUCGCGUCUUCAAGACACAACACUUCUGGAGCCAAAUCAAGUCCGCAGGGUCUGCUAUAUAUGCCAGCCGUCUCUACCUGGAUCAGUACAAACACACACACCCAGAACGCCUCGCCACCACUCAGGAGGGAGGGCCUAAGAUCAUUGGGAACGUGUACAUUCACCCAACAGCCACCAUCGAGCCCACAGCUGUGCUGGGUCCCAAUGUGUCGAUAGGUAAAGGUGUGUGUAUUGGAGCCGGAGUGCGUGUCAGAGAGUCCAUCGUCCUACACGGCGCCACGUUACAGGACCAUAGCUGUGUGCUGAACAGCAUUGUGGGAUGGGACAGCACGGUGGGCAAGUGGGCGCGUGUGGAGGGCACCCCUAGCGACCCCAACCCGAACGACCCCUAUGCCAAGAUCGACAGCGAGACGCUCUUCAGAGACGGAGGACUCACGCCAUCCAUCACCAUACUAGGGUGCAAUGUGAACAUCCCUUCUGAAGUCAUCAUCCGGAACUCCAUCGUGCUGCCCCACAAAGACCUGAACCGCAGCUUCAAGAACCAGAUCAUCCUCUAGACCACACACACACA